AUGCAGUUCUCCAGCCUCGUCACCAUCCUCUCCUCCGUCGCCGCCGCCGCGGCCGUCUCCGUCUCCUUCGACACCGGCUACGAUGACGGUGCCCGCUCCCUCACCGCCGUCUCCUGCUCCGACGGCGCCAACGGCCUGAUCACCAAGUAUGGCUGGCAGACCCAGGCCAACGUCGCCCGCUUCCCCUACAUUGGCGGUUCUGACGCCAUUGCCGGCUGGAACUCCCCCAACUGCGGCACCUGCUGGCAGCUCACCUACAACGGCAAGAGCAUCAACGUCCUCGCCGUCGACCACGCCGGCUCCGGCUUCAACCUCGCCCUCGGCGCCAUGAACGACCUCACCAACGGCCAGGCCAACCAGCUCGGCCGCAUCGACGCCCAGGCCACCCAGGUCGCCCUCAGCGCCUGCGGUCUGUAA